AUGCAGCUGGCGAUGUAAAUUAUGUUAUAGUUUGAUUAAUUUAUGUACUGUAUAUGAUCUACAAAUAAACGUAUUAACACAGUUAACAUGAUAGUCUAAUUGAAUUGCAGUCUAUUUACAUAAAUCCAUCUAGAGGGAAUAUCCCAAACUAAAAUCAAUGUUGACUAGUUCAAAUGAGAGGGGUGAUCAGGGUUCAGACUGAGGAGUGUUGGGUAACAGACUAACAGGUAUCAGUGACAGGUUGGCCAGCCACAGUAGUUCCACAGGUCCAACAUGAAGCCAGUCUGUCUCUAUUUGAACCUCAGGACUUGGCCCUUCCCUAAUCAUCAGCAUACUGCACCACCUCACACAGGUCAAAGGCUCGUUGGCCAAUGGCCACACUUUCUUUUUAUGGUUUCCAAUAUGGCUGUAUAAUCACAUGCAAGUAAGAUGCUGCCAAAUACUUUUUUUUGUGCUGAAUCUUGAAAAGGCACAGAGUACACUCCCACAGACGCUGCACUUGAUGAAUGUAUGAAAUUGCUUCUUCCAAUUAUUGAUAAACAUGCACCUGUUAGGAAACUGACUGUUAGAUCUGUUAAGGCUCCAUGGAUUGAUGACGAAUUGAAAAACUGUAUGGUUGAAAGAGACAAAAGGAGUGGCUAAUAAAUCUGGCUGGUUGACUUACUGCAAAUUGAGAAAUUAUGUGACUAAACUCAACGAAAAAGAAGAAGAAACUGUAUUAUGAAGCCUAGAUCAAUGCUAUAAAGAAUGAUGGAAAAAAACUUUAAAUGAAAUGAUGGGCAGAAAAACAACUUCAACUCCAUCUUUAAUUGAAUCAGAUGGCUUAUUCAUCACAAAACCAUUUGAUGUUGCCAAUUAUUUUAAAAUAAUUGGCAAAGUGGGCAAACUUAGGCAGGAAAUGCCAACAAUGAACUGUGAGCCAUUGUAUUCAUGUAUAAAAAAAACAAAUAAUGAAAGAAAAGCAUUGCAAGUUUGAAUUUUGUAAAGUUAGUGUCGGAGAGGUGGAAAAAUUAUUGUUAUCGAUCAAUAAUGACAAACCUCCUGGCAUUGACAACUUAGAUGGAAAGCUACUGAGGAUGGAAACUGACUCUAUAGCUACUCCUAUUUGUCAUAUCUUUAAUCUGAGCCUAGAGGAAAGUCAUUGUCCUCAGGCCUGGAGGGAUGCCAAAGAAAUUCCGCUACCCAAUAAUGGUAAAGCGGCCAUUACUGGUUCUAACAGCAGACCUGUUGGAUGUUUACAUACACCUUAGCCAAAUAUAUUUAAAGUCAGAUUUUCACAUUUCCUGACAUUUAAUCCUACUAAAAAUUCCCUGUCUUAGGUCAGUUAGGAUCACCACUUUAUUUUAAGAAUGUGAAAUGUCAGAAUAACAGUAGAGAGAAUGAUUUAUUUCAGCUUUAAUUUCUUUCAUCACAUUCCCAGUGGGUCAGAAGUUUACAUACACUCAAUUAGUAUUUGGUAACAUUGCCUUUAAAUUGUUUAACUUGGGUGAAAUGCUUCGGGUAGCCUUCCACAAGCUUCUCACAAUAAGUUGGGUGAAUUUUGGCCCAUUCCUCCUGACAGAGCUGGUGUAACUGAGUCUGCAAUACCUUGACUUUGUUGUCCUUAAGCCAUUUUGGCACAACUUUGGAAGUAUGCUCGGGGUCAUUGUCCAAUUGGAAGACCCAUUUGUUACCAAGCUUUAACUUCCUGACUGAUGUCUUGAUGUUGCUUCAAUAUAUCCACAUAAUUUUCCUUCCUCAUGAUGCCAUCUAUUUUGUGAAGUGCACCAGUCCCUCCUGCAGCAAAGCACCCCCACAGCAUGAUGCUGCCAACCCCGUGCUUCAUGGUUGGGAUGGUGUUCUUCGGCUUGCAAGCCUUCCCCUUUUCCUCCAAACAUAACGAUGGUCAUUAUGGCCAAACAGUUCUAUUUUUGUUUCAUCAGACCUGAGGACAUUUCUCCAAAAAGUACGAUCUUUGUCCCCAUGUGCAGUUGCAAACCGUAGUCUGGCUUUUCUAUGGCGGAUUUGGAGCUGUGGCUUCUUCCUUGCUGAGCGGCCUUUCAGGUUAUGUCGAUAUAGGUCUUGUUUUACUGGGAUAUAGAUACUUUUGUACCUGUUUCCUCCAGCAUCUUCACAAGGUCCUUUGCUGUUGUUCUGGGAUUGAUUUGCACUUUUCGCACCAAAGUACAUUCAUCUCUAGGAGACAGAAUGCAUCUCCUUCCUGAGCAGUAUGACGGCUGCAUGAUCCCAUGGUGUUUAUACUUGCGUACUAUUGUUAGUGCAGAUGAACGUGGUACCUUCAGGCAUUUGGAAAUUUCUCCCAAGGAUGAACCAGACUUGUGGAGGUCUACAAUUUUUUUUCUGCGGUCUUGGCUGAUUUCUUUUGAUUUUCCCAUGAUGUCAAGCAAAGAUGCACUGAGUUUCAAGGUAGGCCUUGAAAUACUUCCACAGGUACACCUCCAAUUGACUCAAAUGAUGUCAAUUAGCCUAUCAGAAGCUUCUAAAGCCAUGACAUAAUUUUCUGGAAUUUUACAAAGCUGUUUAAAGAGCUGUACUGUUAGAUUUCAGUGCAGCCUUUGAUAUAAUUGACCAUAACCUUUUGUUGAAAAAACGUAUUUGUUAUGGCUUUUCAACCUCUGCCAUAUCGUGGAUUCAGAGCUAUCUAUCUAACAGAAUUCAAAGGGUUUUCUUUAAUGGAAGCUUCUCUAAUGUCAAACAUGUAAAGUGUGGUGUACCACAGGGCAGCUCUCUAGGCCCUCUACUUUUCUAUUUUUACCAAUGACCUGCCACUGGCAUUAAACAAAGCAUGUGUGUCCAUGUAUGCUGAUGAUUCAACCAUAUACGCAUCAGCAACCACAGCUAAUGAAGUCACUGAAACCCUUAACAAAUAGUUUUAGUCUGUUUUGGAAUGGGUGGCCACUAAUAAACUGGUCCUGAACAUCUCUAAAACUAAGAGCAGUGUAUUUGGUGCAAAUCAUUCCCUAAGUUCUAGACCUCAGCUGGAUCUGGUAAUGAAUGGUGUGGCUGUUGAACAAGUUGAGGAGACUAAAUUAAUUGGCGUUACCUUAGAUUUUAAACUAUCAUGGUCAAAACAUAUAGAUUCAAUAGUUGUAAAGAUGGGGAGAGGUCUGUCUGUAAUAAAGAGAUGCUCUGCUUUUUUGACACCACACUCAAAAAGCAAGUUCUGCAGGGUCUAGUUUUGUCUAAUCUUGAUUAUUGUCCAGUCGUUUGGUCCAGUGCUGCAUGGAAAGACCUAGUUAAGCUGCAGCUGGCCCAAAACAGAGCAGCACAUCCUGCUCUUCAUUGUAAUCAGAGGGCUGAUAUAAAUACAAUGCAUGCCAGUCUCUCUUGGCUAAAAGUUGAGGAGAGACUGACUGCAUCACUUCUUCUUUUUGUAAGAAACAUUCAUGUUAAAUUGUUUGCAUAGUCAACUUACACACAGGUAUGACACACACACACUUACCCCACCAGACAUGCCACCAGGGGUCUUUUCACAGUCCCCAAAUCCAGAAAAAAAAUCAAAAAAGCGUACAGUAUUAUAUAGAGCCAUUAUUGCAUGGAACUCCGUUCCAUCUCAUAUUGCUCAAAUAAACAACAAACCUGGUUUCAAAAAACAGAUGAAGCAACAACUCACGGCACCACGCCUCUCCCCUAUUUGACCUAGAUAGUUUGUGUGUAUGUGUUGAUAUGUAGGCUGCUUGUGCCGUUUCAAAAAAUGUAUGUUGUUCUAACUUUGAGCUGUUCUUGUCUAUUAAUGUUCAGUAUUAUGUCAUGUUUCAUGUUUUGUGUGGACCCCAGGAAGAGUAGCUGCUGCUUUUGCAACAGCUAAUGGGGAUCCUAAUAAAAUAACCAAUACCCACUGGGCACACCAUGUCAUUUCAAUGUGGAUAAUUGGGUAAUAUUUGGUGGAGAAGUUGAUAAAUGAUAUUACAACCUAUGUUCACCCACUCAAAAUGCCAAAAGUUAGUUGAACUUCCAAUGUGUUAUGUUUUAAAACAUCUAAAAGCACAACCAAAUUCCAAUGAAAAAAUGAUGUCUUAUUUUUGGUUUAGUUGUCAUCCAAAUGUUUAUCACUGCGCUUUCAACCAUUUAAACAGCAAAAAUCAAAUUGAAAUACAAUGUCAAAUUAAUGUGUUAUUUCUGUGCUUCAUCUAAUAGCAGAAACAAAUUACCUGGAUUGCAGUUGAGAUUACAUUAAAAGUACAUGGCGAACGUGAUCAAUGCCUUUCGAGAUUCUGCAUAGAUUAUUACAGCAAUUAUGAAGAUCUUCACAGAUCUGCAACCUAUGCAUGCUAUUUUGAACAUGCAGGCUUUGAUUACAUAAGAAGAAAUGUAUAGUUACAGUAACCUUGAAAUGUGGCCAUGGAUGUGUUACUCAUUUUAAGGUUGAAUGUUACAUUAGUUUGUAAGAUAGCCUUAACUUUAGGCUAUUUACUGUAUUAAAAAAGUAAUAUUGAAUUGUUUUUGGUUGACAAUGCAAACAAAUAUCAACAUUCAAAGGAGAUGCAUUUACUGCUUUGCUUGGAUAGUUCCAUCUGAGCCACUGGCUUAAUCCCAUUCCUUAACUUUUGGUUUUAUUUGUGGUUGAGUUUUCUUUUUGGUUGAGGAGACGUGAAUCCAACAUAUAAUUUGUUAACUUGUCAACAAGUUAAUAGGCUGUUUAUUGUACUGUUUAUUGGCUCUAUUCAAUCUGCAUCGUGGAAAUUCAGCUUUACAGCGUGAUUGAAAUUAAAAGGCACUGUUCCUGCUUUAGUCGAGACUGCAUUCACGGUAAACGUUGCAUGUCGGCUCAAUCAGAAAUUACCUUUAAAAUUAUAUUACGGAAUCUGUAACGCUUCAGCUUUACAGAUUGAAUACAGCCCUAAAUCUGGCUUUAACUCCAGUUAGUCUACAAAUUAAUAAUUGAUAUGUUGGAUUCACGUCUCCAUCUCAACCAAAAGUCAAAGUUUUAGAAUGUGACUAAAUCAAAUCAAAUCAAAAUUCAAAUCAAACCUAUUUUUCAACUUUGAUUAUUGUUUGAGAUUGUCAUUCCAACAUAUACAUUAUUAAUUUGUAGACAAACUGGAAUUAAAGCCAUGCUAAAUCAGAGCACAGUUGGAACUAUCCAAGCAGAAGAUCCAUCUCCUUCAAAUGUUGAUAUUUGGCCUAUUGUAUUGUCUAUUUUAGUUGAAUUCUGGGUUGAAUUGAAACAAUAGCCUUUGAUGACUUUGCAAAUGCUAUAUAGGCCUAAAUAUCAUCAUUGAUGAUAUACGAGUGAUAAAGUAUGGUCACAUUUCAUUUGCUCUGUUAAACCUACCCUUUGGAAGGACAUCAAUAGCAACAGUAAAUCUGUUUAGUUUUUAAGUGGAGAGCUCUAAGAAAUCAUUCUCACAAUAGCACAUUGGUAAUAGUCAGUGACAAAUAUCAUAGCUAAGUUGGGCUUGGUUAAAAUCCUGGAUGGGAUAGAUCAAUUCUACAGUAGGAGGUGCUGCCCAUCCUGUUGUUUUUUCUUUCUGAUAGUGGAUAUAACGUUGAAGAUCUGACUUUGUUUCAAAGGUAGAAAUUCAACAUAUUUUAUUCAAGGUUUGUCUAUGUUGAAAUUUGGUUGCCAUGAUGACAUAAUCCUGUGUUUACAAUUUAACCCUCAAAACAACAGUUUAGGUUGAUUACUUUUUUCAAAUUCCAUGUAUUUUCCACAUAGAUUCCACGUCACAAUACGUCGACAAAUUACGUUGAAACAAUGUUGAUUCAACCAGUUUUUGCCUAGUGGGAUAUAUGCAUUAGUAUGUGUGUAUGUUUUGUUCGAAAUUUUCUUGAUAAGAGUGAAAGUGAGGGUUGGCUGCAUGAAGAUACAAUCACAGCUUGAUUGUCAUCACCCACGUGUUCUAUUUUGAGGCAUGGCAGUAGUUUGUAAUUUCAGACUAAAUGCUACUUUUCAGCUUGGAACGUUUAAGGAACUUAAUAGACUGGGAAACAUCCAGUUGGCUCAUACCUAAGAGCAUGACAUUUACUGCUGUACUCCUACUGUAUGUUUCAGAUUUAUGGAAGAAUCUAGCCAAAGUUACAGUAGUAUUUCAUAGAAUGGAAUGCUGGUUCAUAUAUAUUUAUUUGUAAUGUUAUUAUUAUUAUUAUUUUACAUUUUUUGUUAAAUGGAUUUUUAACACCCUUUGGCCCAUUUUGGAUAUAAUGAAUCACACCUCCAUUUUAAAGAUGAAAGGUCAAAUCAAAUCAAAGUUUAUUUGUCACGUACACAGGAUACAGCAGUUGUAAACAGUACAGUGAAAUGCUUGCUUGCAAGCUCUUACUCAACAAUGCAAUAAUACUAAGUCAUAUAAAGAAAAUACACACAAUAAAUAAAAUACAAUAAAACAAGUACACAUGAAAAUAUACACUAUAUACAAGGUCAAUACCAGUACCAGUGGUAAAAAUAGAUUUGUUGGUGGUCAGUCUUUUAGUGACACAAUCACCUGUUUAGUCACCUGUUGGUCCUGUGGUUGUCCCCUUCCCUCUUCACUCUCCCAGCCACGUGUCCCAAAGCAGCUCCCUGGAGGAGGUUCGUCUGGACGGGGACAAGUUUGUACCUCCAGCCCCCCGCAAGGUGGAGAUGAGACGAGAUCCAGUCCUGGGCUUUGGCUUUGUGGCAGGCAGUGAGAAACCAGUGGUGGUCCGGUCAGUCACACCAGGUAAACACACCAGCCCACCUGUAAACCAAUCAUGUCACCAUUAAUAACCACAGCUUCACACAUAGCCAUUAUCUUCAGGAAGUAAGAUGUAGUGCUGUACUGUAUAUCCAAUGGUGACCAGAUGACAAAAGAUGGCGACAAAUAGGUGAUGACAACCAAUGAAAGGCCACAUUUUAUUUAUGAACCAGGCACUUCAGGGUACUUUAUAAAUUAACCAACCUUUCGCCUAAAGACCAGAGUACAAUGAAUCCAGAAAACAAAAAAGAAUUACUAGCUAGAAACUUUGUAAUUGGUACCACUGCCCUGUGGUUCCCUGUGUCUUGGUAGGAGGUCCCUCUGAGGGCAGACUGACCCCAGGAGACGAGAUCAUCAUGAUUAACGAUGAGCCGGUUAGCUCUGCGCCCAGGGAGAGGGUCAUCGACCUCGUCAGGUACAGGAACUCAACGUCUCUAACAUACAUACAGUAUCCCUGCUGAGUUUAGAUGGGAUUUAUGUAUGCACUGUAAGUCAGUUGGACAUUUCUUUCCUGAAACAUUGUAAUGUCAAGCUGUGUGGGCCUUGCCUUGCAAAGUCAUUUUCAUGGCUCGUGAGUCAUGACAAUAGACAGUAAAUGUCUAUAUGAAUGGUUGAAUUGGUUAACUAACUAAAAGAAACAAACCUGCAGUGAAAGUCAUACUUUUAGGAUUAUGCCCUCUGUACAGAUUCAAUGUCAAUACCAGCAAUACCCAGAUAAUGUGUUGGUAGUGGGUAUAGUAUUUUGCCCACGUCUGCACCAUGCGGGUCCAACUAUAUACCAGUGUGAAUUAUUUCCAUGUGUCUUAUUAUAUGCUUGACUCAGGUGAGUGAGUGAGUGAGUGAGUGAGUGAGUGAAUGAGUGAGUGAGUGAGUGAGUGCGUGAGUGAAUGGCUGAACGGCCAUAUGACCUACAUAUGAUGUACAUGUUUUGGACUGUGGAGUGAGUCUGUACAGUAGAUUAGUGCAGUGAAAUAUGGCCAUAAGGUGUCCAGUCCGUCACUGUUCCCCUGGCCUUGACUCAGUGUGCUGGGGCUCCAUCUCAGCAGUAAACUACUGUUCCAUUACAGGAGUAACAGCCAGGCUUGAGGCAUCGCUAGAACAGAUUGGUCAUCUUGUUAGCCCUUCUUCAUGGGUUUAUUUCAACAGUCAUAAUCUGCUCAAUGUAUUGGAGAAACAAUGCCUGACUCAGGCCUGAUUAAUCGAUUUCCGCUGCACAUGAAUUUGACAUAUUUUCCUUUUCAAUCUACAGUAUAAUGAUGUUUUGUUUGAUUUGUUUGUGUUGUGUUCCUUCUCUGUAGGAGCUGCAAGGAAUCCAUUGUUUUGACAGUGGUUCAACCGUACCCAGUAAGUAUCAAUCAUUCUGUCUUUAAAGGUUUCCAUUGAUAAAAUUCAGAGCAAACUUUUUGGGAAUAGAGUUCAAUAGACUGUGUGUCUGUGACGCUGAUUAGUUUGUUGACUCUGUGAAUCCAAGACAAUCUGAGACAUUAAAAGGUGGCCAUAUGUCUGUGCUGGCGUCAAAACAGGGAGGUAACUGCUGAGUGUUCACCUGGCUAACUCACAGAGAUUUCAGUCCAAACACUGAAUAAGUGGUCCAAUGGUAGCAUCAAGUCCUCUCAUGGUAGCAUCAACCCCUAGCAUGAGACCCCAGAUGAAACUGAACCUGCCACUUCAACAGUUGUUAGCACCCGCAAGGACAAUAUGGGGAUGGAUACAACGCCACAAUAACAGCUACUGUGAAUGUCGGUGAAAUAGGUCAAUGAGAUGGAUUUGUGCCUUCACCACCAAAUAGGCAAUGACUUGAAUAUCAAAUAAUAGGAAUAUCACUAUGUCUAUUGUGCUGUAAGUUCGAACUCUGGCAGAAAUCAUACUGUGUUGUUACCUGGCUUUGGGAAGCAGAUUUCAGACAUCAACUCUAAAGAAAACAAUAAUGGUUUAUAUAUGACAAAAGUAGCAAUUACAUCCAGAAAGACCUCACAGAACUUGUAAAACAUAUACAAUUUAACAUUUUCACACACAGCUCUGAAAAUUAUAUAAUUUGAGCAUUAAGUUCUUCUAAUUAUAUUUUCCUCUAUGAAGACUGUCUCAAGGGAAAAAGCAUGAUGUUUUAUUCCACUGGAAAGGGCCUCAAUUUAAGAAGAAGCUCAUCUUGAAAAUGUCUUCUGUUUGCAGAAAAAAACAGAGAGAGAGAGCUCGAGAAUCCCAUAAGACGCAUGCAGAACCAGCUCUUCUAAUUCAACCUUUAAUUGUUCUCAUUUAUCAGACAUACAGUUGAAAUCUGAAGUUUACAUACACCUUAGCCAAAUAUAUUUCAACUCAGUUUCACAAUUCCUGACAUUUAAUCAUAGUAAAACUUCCCUGUCUUAGGUCAGUUAGGAUCACCACUUUAUUUUAAGAAUGUGAAAUGUCAGAAUAAUAGUAGAGAGAAUGAUUUAUUUCAGCUUUUAUUUAUUUCAUCACAUUCCCAGUGGGUCAGAAGUUUACAUACACUCAAUUAGUAUUUGGUAGCAUUGCCUUUAAAUUUUUUAACUUGGGUCAAACGUUUCGGGUAGCCUUCCACAAGCUUCCCACAAUAAGUUGGGUGAAUUUUGGCCCAUUCCUCCUGACAGAGCUGGUGUAACUGAGUCAGGUUUGUAGGCCUCCUUGCUCGCACAUGCUUUUUCAGUUCUGCCCACAAAUGUUCUAUAGGAUUGAGAUCAGGGUUUUGUGAUGGCCACUCCAAUACCUUGACUUUGUUGUCCUUAAGCCAUUUUGCCACAACUUUGGAAGUAUGCUUGGGGUUAUUGUCCAUUUGGAAGACCCAUUUGUGACCAAGCUUAACUUCCUGACUGAUGUCUUGAGAUGUGCUUCAAAUUAUCUACAUAAUUUUCCUUCCUCAUGAUGCCAUCUAUUUUGUGAAGUGCACCAGUCCCUCCUGCAGCAAAGCACCCCCACAGCAUGAUGCUGCCACCCCCGUUCUUCACGGCUGGGAUGGUGUUCUUCGACUGGCAAGCUCCUCCUUUUCCUCCAAACAUAACAAUGGUCAUUAUGGCCAAACAGUUCUAUUUUUGUUUCAUCAGACCAGAGGACAUUUCUCCAAAAAGUACGAUCUUUGUCCCAAUGUGCAGUUGCAAACCGUAGUUUGGCUUUUUUAUGGCGGUUUUGGAGCAGUGCCUUCUUCCUUGCUGAGCGGCCUUUCAGGUUCUGUGGAUAUAGGACUCGUUUUACUGUGGAUAUAGAUACUUUUGUACCUGUUUCCUCCAGCAUCUUCACACGGUCCUUUACUGUUGUACUGGGAUUGAUUUGCACUUUUCGCACCAAAGUACGUUCAUCUCUAGGAGACAGAACGUGUCUCCUUCCUGAGCGGUAUGACGGCUGCGUGGUCCCAUGGUGUUUAUACUUGCGUACUAUUGUUUGUACAGAUUAACGUGGUACCUUCAGGCAUUUGGAAAUUGCUCCCAAGGAUGUGGAGGUUUACAAUUUUUUUCUGAGGUCUUGGCUGAUUCAUUUUGAUUUUCCCAUGAUGUCAACCAAAGAGGCACUGAGUUUGAAAGUAGGCCUUGAAAUACAUCCACAGGUACACCUCCAAUUGACUCAAAUGAUGUCAAUUAGCCUAUCAGAAGCUUCUAAAGCCAUGACAUCAUUUUCUGGAAUUUUCCAAGCUGUUUAAAGGCACAGUCAACUUAGUGUAUGUAAACUUCUGACCCACUGGAAUUGUGAUACAGUGAAUUAUAAGUGAAAUAAUCUGUAUGUAAAUAAUUGUUGGAAAAACUACUUGUUUCAUGCACAAAGUAGAUGUCCUAACCGACUUGCCAAAACUAUAGUUUGUUAACAAGAAAUGUGUGGAGUGGUUGAAAAAAUACUUUUAAUGAUUCCAACCUAAGUGUAUGUAAACUUCCGACUUCAACUGUAGCUGUGCUGUGGCUCAAUGACACAGACACUAGUUGUGGCGUCCUUCCACUACACGCCCUUAUAGCAUCUCUAAUCAUAUUACUGUAUUACAAUACGGGGAAUGGAAUGAAAAAACUAGUGUUAUGUCCUUAGGAUGAGAUAGUGUAAAUGGAACAUUCCUCUUCACCCGCCACGGGGGAAUGGCUGAUUGGUUGUGGUUUCUCUGAAGGGGUGGACCUGUUGCCAACUGUGUUUUUUAUUCAACCCCCCAGUCGCCCAAAUCUGCGUUCAUCAGUGCAGCCAAAAAGGCCAAGUUAAAGUCUAAUCCAGUGAAAGUCCGCUUCGCUGAGGAGGUCAUCAUUAAUGGACAGGUCCCAGUAAGUACUACAGUACUGUCCUACAACACUACAUCACUCUCUGUCUCAUAUUAUUGUAUACCAAUGUUUUUCAAAAGCUAAAAUUAUGCACCUAUGAUAUUGACCUUGAAUCUUCUAAUAUUGCUAAAUAUGUUGGACUGUUAAACUGUAUUGGAUGCCAUUCGUGUUCUUCUUUCCAUUACCAUUACUUGCCAUUACACAUUGUUUUGUCAUUAUAUAAAAAAUAUGUUUAGGUGCAGUGAAAUGUGUUGUUUUGCAGGGUCAGCCAUAGUAGUACGGCACCCCUGGAGCAAAUUGGGGCUAAGUACCUUGCUCAAAGGCACAUUGACAGAUUUUUCAUCUUAUCAGCUUGGGUAUUUGAACCGUCAUUCUGUCGGUUACUGGUCCAACCCGUUAACCACUAGGCUACCUGCCGCUAUCUAACCCCCCCCCCCCCCCCCCCCCCCCCCCCCCCCAAACACCUACUGUGAACAUUUCACAGUGUAGCGUAGCCUACUGAUCAAUAUGGAAAAUAUUGUAAUUUUCCACAUUUUCUUCUAAUUUACAGGAAUCUGUGAAGGACAACUCUCUGCUCUUCAUGCCAAAUGUUCUGAAGGUGUACCUGGAGAACGGACAGACCAAAUCCUUCAAGUUUGACAGUAACACAUCCAUUAAGGUACAGCAGUACACCCUGCCCUUCACUAAGACAUCUUAAUGGGGACAUUGGUUAAUUAAAAAUGAUUUUUCAAUUUAACCUUACAUCACUCAUAGGCCACUUAUAGAAGAGUUAAUUUAUUUGAUCACUGUAGCAUACCAUAUUAUCUUUACUUAAUUAUGAUUCAGUAAGUGUCCAAAUGUGCAUUAUACAAAGCACUCCCACAAAGGCAAGUCAGCUGUAACUUAAUUUAAGUGUGAUGCAUGAAGAAGUAGGCCAGGACUUUUUUCUCAUGGUGUUCAUACACAAAACAUCUCCGAAGUAUACCGUUUUAAUCUGUGUCAUUUUAUGUAAUGCAGCUGACAUUUAACGUCAAUUUAUGCACUGUAUAUUUGUGAUUAUGAAUGUGAAACAUCCUCCAUUUUGAAUAGGUUUUAUUGAGAGAAAACUGAUUUUCUAGGAUAUGCAGUAUUCCAUAAUUAAAUUCCAUUUUUAGCUACACCUACAGUAUCUGUAAUGCAAAUGGCGCCGGAGAAGAUGGCUGCCGUUUUACAGCCCUCUAACCAAUUGUACUAUUAUGUGUGUUUUUCCGCGUUAUUUGUAAUUUAUUUUGUACAUAAUGUUUCUGCCAUCGUCUCUUAUAACCAAAAAUAGCUUCUGGAUAUCAGGACAGCGAUUACUCACCUCGUAUUGGACUAAUAAUUUUUCUUCAACGAGGCGGCCGCGAAGGAUAUCCUACAGACAUGGCCCAAAUCCCCGUCAUUCGCAUGAGGAAGAGACGGAGAUAUCGUGGACGUAGGUCAGGGUGCCUUGUAAGGAUCCGACGGCGAGCGAGUAAACUGCCGCUCCCAUCAAUCCUAUUAGCCAAUCUUCAAUCAUUGGAAAAUAAAUUGGAUGACCUAAGAUUACGGUUAUCCUACCAACAGGACAUUAAAAACUGUAAUAUCUUAUGUUUCACCGAGUCGUGGCUGAACGACGACAUGGAUAACAUACAGCUAGCGGGCUAUACGCUACAUCGGCAGGAUAGAACGGCUGACUCCGGUAAGACAAGGGGUGGCUGUCUGUGUAUAUUUGUAAACAACAGCUGGUGCACAAAAUCAAAUACUAAGGAAGUCUCGAGGUUUUGCUCGCCUGAGGUAGAGUAUCUUAUGAUAAGCUGUAGACCACACUAUUUACCAAGAGAGUUUUCAUCUAUAUUUUUCAUUGCUGUCUAUUUACCACCACAAACCUAUGCUGGCAUUAAGAUUACACUGAAUGAGCUGUAUAAGGCCAUAAGUCAACAGGAAAACGCUCAUCCAGAGGCAGCGCUCCUAGUGGCCGGGGACUUUAAUGCAGGGAAACUUAAAUCCGUUCUGCCUAAUUUCUACCAGCAUGUUAAAUGUGCAACCAGAGGAAAAAAAACUCUAGACCACCUUUACUCCACACACAGAGACGCAUACCUCUCCCUCGCCCUCCAUUUGGCAAAUCUGACCAUAACUCUAUCCUCCUGAUUCCUGCUUAUAAGCAAAAACUAAAGCAGGAAGCACCAGUGACUCGGUUAAUAAAAAAGUGGUCAGAUGACGCAGAUGCUAAGCUACAGGACUGUUUUGCUAGCACAGACUGGAACAUGUUCCGGGAUUCUUCAGAUAGCAUUGAGGAGUACACCACAUCGGUCACUGGCUUCAUCAAUAAGUGCAUCGAUGAUGUCGUCCCCACAGUGACCAUACGUACAUACCCCAACCAGAAGCCAUGGAUUACAGGAAACAUCCGCACUGAGCUAAAGGGUAGAGCUGCCGCUUUCAAGGAGCGGGACUCUAACCCGGACGCUUAUAAGAAAUCCCGCUAUGCCCUCCGACGAACCAUCAAACAGGCAAAGAGUCAAUACAGGACUAAGAUUGAAUCGUACUACACCGGCUCUGACGCUUGUCGGAUGUGGCAGGGCUUGAAAACUAUUACAGACUACAAAGGGAAGCACAGCCACGAGCUGCCCAGUGACACAAGCCUACCAGACGAGCUAAACCACUUCUAUGCUCGCUUCGAGGCAAGCAACACUGAAGCAUGCAUGAGAGCACCAGCUGUUCCGGAUGACUAUGUGAUCACGCUCUCCGUAGCCGAUGUGAGUAAGACUUUCAAGCAGGUCAACAUUCACAAGGCCGCAGGGCCAGACGGAUUACCAGGACGUGUACUCCGAGCAUGUGCUGACCAACUGGCAAGUGUCUUCACUGACAUUUUCAACAUGUCCCUGACUGAGUCUGUAAUACCAACAUGUUUCAAGCAGACCACCAUAGUCCCCGUGCCCAAGGACUCUAAGAUAACCUGCCUAAAUGACUACCGACCCGUAGUAGGUAACAACACAUCUGCCACACUGAUCCUCAACACGGGGGCCCCUCAGGUAGUGCGUACGGCCCAGUACAUCACUGGGGCCAAGCUUCCUGCCAUCCAGGACCUCUAUACCAGGCGGUGUCAGAGGAAGGCCCUCAAAAUUGUCAAAGACUCCAGCCACCCUAGUCAUAGACUGUUCUCUCUGCUACCGCACGGCAAGCGGUACCAGAGUGCCAAGUCUAGGUCCAAAAGACUUCUCAACAGCUUCUACCCCCAAGCCAUAAGACUCCUGAACAGCUAAUCAUGGCUACCCGGACUAUUUGCACUGCCCCCCCACUCCAUCUUUUUACGCUGCUGCUACUCUGUUAAUUAUUUAUGCAUAGUCACUUUAACUCUACCCACAUGUACAUAUUACUUCAACUACCUCAACUAGCCGGUGCCCCCGCACAUUGACUCUGCACCGGUACCCCCCUGUAUAUAUAGCCUCCCUACUGUUAUUUUAUUUUACUUCUGCUCUUUUUUCUCAACACUUCUUUGUUGUUGUUUUAUUUUACUUUUUAUAAAAAAUAAAUGCACUGUUGGUUAAGGGCUGUAAGUAAGCAUUUCACUGUAAUGUCUGCACCUGUUGUAUUCGGCGCAUGUGGCCAAUAACAUUUGAUUUGAUUUGAUUUGAAAUGAGUGCUUUACACAGCUUUUCUCCUCUCUUCUCUUCACACCUCACUCACUCACGUGGUGGUCCCAUACGCUGUGCACGUUCCUGGCACAUGUCGUAUUAAUAAUGAAUGUCUCUUCUGUCUGUGUGAAAGGAUGUCAUCUUGACCCUGCAAGAGAAGCUCUCCAUUAAGAGUAUUGAGCACUUCUCGCUGAUGCUGGAGCACAGAAACGAGGGCUCGGCCAGCAAACUCAUGCUCCUCCACGAGCAGGAGAUGUUAACUCAGGUGAGACAUCGUGGGGGUAACCACAGUGGGAUGAGCAGCCUCACACCCUGAUACAGUGGGGGAAAAAAGUAUUUAGUCAGCCACCAAUUGUGCAAGUUCUCCCACUUAAAAAGAUGAGAGAGGCCUGUCAUUUUCAUCAUAGGUACACGUCAACUAUGACAGACAAAUUGAGAUUUUUUUUCUCCAGAAAAUCACAUUGUAGGAUUUUUAAUGAAUUUAUUUGCAAAUUAUGGUGGAAAAUAAGUAUUUGGUCAAUAACAAAAGUUUCUCAAUACUUUGUUAUAUACCCUUUGUUGGCAAUGACACAGGUCAAACAUUUUCUGUAAGUCUUCACAAGGUUUUCACUCACUGUUGCUGGUAUUUUUGGCCCAUUCCUCCAUGCAGAUCUCCUCUAGAGCAGUGAUGUUUUGGGACUGUCGCUGGGCAACACGUUCUUUCAACUCCCUCCAAAGAUUUUCUAUGGGGUUGAGAUCUGGAGACUGGCUAGGCCACUCCAGGACCUUGAAAUGCUUCUUACGAAGCCACUCCUUCGUUGCCCGGGCGGUGUGUUUGGGAUCAUUGUCAUGCUGAAAGACCCAGCCACGUUUCAUCUUCAAUGCCCUUGCUGAUGAAAGGAGGUUUUCACUCAAAAUCUCAUGAUACAUGGCCCCAUUCAUUCUUUCCUUUACACGGAUCAGUCGUCCUGGUCCCUUUGCAGAAAAACAGCCCCAAAGCAUGAUGUUUCCACCCCCAUGCUUCACAGUAGGUAUGGUGUUCUUUGGAUGCAACUCAGCAUUCUUUGUCCUCCAAACACGACGAGUUGAGUUUUUACCAAAAAGUUAUAUUUUGGUUUCAUCUGACCAUAUGACAUUCUCCCAAUCCUCUUCUGGAUCAUCCAAAUGCACUCUAGAAAACUUCAGACGGGCCUGGACAUGUACUGGCUUAAGCAGGGGGACACGUCUGGCACUACAGGAUUUGAGUCCCUGGCGGCGUAGUGUGUUACUGAUGGUAGGCUUUGUUACUUUGGUCCCAGCUCUCUGCAGGUCAUUCACUAGGUCCCCCCGUGUGGUUCUGGGAUUUUUGCUCACCAUUCUUGUGAUCAUUUUGACCCCACGGGGUGAGAUCUUGCGUGGAGCCCCAGAUCGAGGGAGAUUAUCAGUGGUCUUGUAUGUCUUCCAUUUCCUAAUAAUUGCUCCCACAGUUGAUUUCUUCAAACCAAGCUGCUUACCUAUUGCAGAUUCAGUCUUCCCAGCCUGGUGCAGGUCUACAAUUUUGUUUCUGGUGUCCUUUGACAGCUCUUUGGUCUUGGCCAUAGUGGAGUUUGGAGUGUGACUGUUUGAGGUUGUGGACAGGUGUCUUUUAUACUGAUAACAAGUUCAAACAGGUGCCAUUAAUACAGGUAACGAGUGGAGGACAGAGGAGCCUCUUAAAGAAGAAGUUACAGGUCUGUGAGAGCCAGAAAUCUUGCUUGUUUGUAGGUGACCAAAUACUUAUUUUCCACCAUAAUUUGCAAAUAAAUUCAUUAAAAAUCCUACAAUGUGAUUUUCUGGAGAAAAAAAAUCUCAAUUUGUCUGUCAUAGUUGACGUGUACCUAUGAUGAAAAUGACAGGCCUCUCUCAUCUUUUUAAGUGGGAGAACUUGCACAAUUGGUGGCUGACUAAAUACUUUUUUUCCCCACUGUAGACGACAGAUAGACAAUCUUAGGCCCUCAUUCAGUUAUAGUUACAGUGUAAUCAAAUAUGACCCACGUUUGUUCACAGCUAGUGUGACUUGGUUGGUGGUGGGCAUGUGAUUAAAUUAUUGUAAAAGGUGAACAGAAUGACUGUAGAGUGACGGUGAGCACAAUGCAGACCCUCCAUCAGACAGACUGCAGAUAGAAAUUAUCAUGAUGGGGCUGGAAUAUUGUUUUUCACCUUUUGCCCAUUGUAAGUGUCUGAUCAGACCCUACACCCAAACGAGGGCACUACGUUCAUCCACCUCUGGCCUGCUAGCUCCCCUACCUCUACGGAAGCACAGUUCCCGCUCAGCCCAGUCAAAGCUAUUCGCUGCUCUGGCACUCCAAUGGUGGAACAAGCUCCCCCACGACGCCAGGACAGCGGAGUCACUGACCACCUUCCGGAGACACUUGAAACCCAACCUCUUUAAGGAAUACCUGGAGUAGUAUAAAGUAAUCCUUCUUCCCCCACCCCCCAUACCAUUUUUUUUUUAAAGAAGGUGGUUGUCCCACUGGCUAUCAUAAGUUGAAUGCACCAAUUUGUAAGUCGUUCUGGAUAAGAGUGUCUGCUAAAUGAUGUAAAUGUAAAAAUGUAAAUGUAAAUAUUUUUAUAUACAAAAAAAGACGAAUUCAUACUGUACAUAAUAUAAAAAUCUGCUUAUUUUUUAAAUGUAUUUUAUGAUGAAUCAUUCUGCGCUUACAUCAGAUUGUUGCAAAUGUGAGUUAUACAUUUUUGUAACAUUGAUGUUGUUUCUGUACGCAUACAAAUGAGGAUAUAUAUUUUAAGAAUAUUUUGUAAAUUUGUGCAAAGUUUUUUUUUCACAGUAUCUUUUGGCUUUUUAAUCCAUUAUUCAUUAUUCAUGACAUCUCAUCACUAAAUGUUAAUUCCUUGUCCUUGCCUGUUGUCCUAGGUGACACAGAGACCAGGGGCACACAAGAUGAAAUGCUUCUUCCGCAUCAGCUUUGUCCCAAAGGACCCCGUUGACCUGCUCAGGAGAGAUGCAGUGGCUUUUGAAUACCUCUAUGUUCAGGUGAUUCACAGCACAUGGAAGACAACGCUGCAUGAUUAACAAAUGAUUAUGUUGAUUGUGUAAUCAAAAGGUUUCUUUUUGUAUGAUAUUCAUUGAUCAGUAUUUGGUAAGAUUUCAUAUAGAAACAUUAACUCAAAAAAAUGUAAAUUAUCUAGUGUUGACUUGGAGCCCAACACUAGGGGAGCCAAAUGUAACUGCAUUAUGGUCAGUAACAAUAGUCCAACCAGUUUAACCUUCUCUCCUCCUCUCUUCCUCUCCUCUCCUCCUCUCUUUGUUCAGAGCUGUAAUGACGUGGUGCUGGAGCGAUUUGGGUCAGAGCUGAAAUACGACACGGCCCUGCGUCUGGCUGCCCUGCAGAUGUACAUCCUCACCAUCAACACCAAGCAGUCACAGAAAGUCUCCCUCAAAUACAUUGAGUGAGUGGCUUGUGUUUUCUCUGUAGCUCAGUAAGUACAGUGGGGGAAAAAAAGUAUUUAGUCAGCCACCAAUUGUGCAAGUUCUCCCACUUAAAAAGAUGAGAGAGGCCUGUAAUUUUCAUCAUAGGUACACGUCAACUAUGACAGACAAAAUGAGAUUUUUUUUCUCCAGAAAAUCACAUUGUAAGAUUUUUAAUGAAUUUAUUUGCAAAUUAUGGUGGAAAAUAAGUAUUUGGUCAAUAACAAAAGUUUCUCAAUACUUUGUUAUAUACCCUUUGUUGGCAAUGACACAGGUCAAACAUUUUCUGUAAGUCUUCACAAGGUUUUCACACACUGUUGCUGGUAUUUUGGCCCAUUCCUCCAUGCAGAUCUCCUCUAGAUCAGUGAUGUUUUGGGGCUGUCGCUGGGCAACACAGACUUUCAACUCCCUCCAAAGAUUUUCUAUGGGGUUGAGAUCUGGAGACUGGCUAGGCCACUCCAGGACCUUGAAAUGCUUUUUACGAAGCCACUCCUUCGUUGCCCGGGCGGUGUGUUUGGGAUCAUUGGCAUGCUGAAAGACCCAGCCACGUUUCAUCUUCAAUGCCCUUGCUGAUGGAAGGAGGUUUUCACUCAAAAUCUCACAAUACAUGGCCCCUUUCAUUCUUUCCUUUACACGGAUCAGUCGUCCUGGUCCCUGUGCAGAAAAACAGCCCCAAAGCAUGAUGUUUCCACCCCCAUGCUUCACAGUAGGUAUGGUGUUCUUUGGAUGCAACUCAGCAUUCUUUGUCCUCCAAACACGACGAGUUGAGUUUUUACCAAAAAGUUAUAUUUUGGUUUCAUCUGACCAUAUGACAUUCUCCCAAUCCUCUUCUGGAUCAUCCAAAUGCACUCUAGCAAACUUCAGACGGGCCUGGACAUGUACUGGCUUAAGCAGGGGGACACGUCUUGCACUGCAGGAUUUGAGUCCCUGGCGGCGUAGUGUGUUACUGAUGGUAGGCUUUGUUACUUUGGUCCCAGCUCUCUGCAGGUCAUUCACUAGGUCCCCCCGUGUGGUUCUGGGAUUUUUGCUCACCGUUCGAUCAUUUUGACCCCACGGGGUGAGAUCUUGCGUGGAGCCCCAGAUCGAGGGAGAUUAUCAGUGGUCUUGUAUGUCUUCCAUUUCCUAAUAAUUGCUCCCACAGUUGAUUUCUUCAAACCAAGCUGCUUACCUAUUGCAGAUUCAGUCUUCCCAGCCUGGUGCAGGUCUACAAUUUUGUUUCUGGUGUCCUUUGACAGCUCUUUGGUCUUGGCCAUAGUGGAGUUUGGAGUGUGACUGUUUGAGGUUGUGGACAGGUGUCUUUUAUACUGAUAACAAGUUCAAACAGGUGCCAUUAAUACAGGUAACGAGUGGAGGACAGAGGAGCCUCUUAAAGAAGAAGUUACAGGUCUGUGAGAGCCAGAAAUCUUGCUUGUUUGUAGGUGACCAAAUACUUAUUUUCCACCAUAAUUUGCAAAUAAAUUCAUUAAAAAUCCUACAAUGUGAUUUUCUGGAUUUUUUUCCCUCAAUUUGUCUGUCAUAGUUGACGUGUACCUAUGAUGAAAAUGACAGGCCUCUCUCAUCUUUUUAAGUGGGAGAACUUGCACAAUUGGUGGCUGACUAAAUACUUUUUUCCCCACUGUAGAGCAUGAAUAGUAGGAUCGAUUCCCGGGUCCACCAAUAGGCUACAUAACACGUAUGUGUACAUGACUGUAAAAAGCGUCUGCUUAAUGGCUUAUAACAUAACACUGCUGCACCUCCACCAAGUCAGUAUGAACCAGGUCCAAUGUCUAGUCUGGUCCCCUAAAGUUCACACAUGGCCCUGCAUCUUCUCACAUGUUCAAUCUGGCAACACAUUGUUAUGAGGGCUUUUGACGCCCUUACACCAUCAGACUCUCAACACUUACUUGAGAAUAAUCUGAAAAGAACUCAUCGCAUCCACGUCGGAUUAACUAAUGACAGAUACAGUAAUGAUUUCCCCCCUGAUUGUUAUGUCGUAAAUACCACAGGUAUUUCAUAUGGAUAUUGAUUAUAAUCGAUUAACAGUUGGUUAAUCAAUGGAUCCUCUCUUUAUAAAGUGAUUGAUGUUCGCUGAAGGAAUGUAUUCUGCUGUUCUAUCAUGUUGCACAUGAAACCCGUGUUACCAUGGUUUCUUGCUCUACAGGAAGGAGUGGGGUUUGGCACUGUUUCUCCCUCCUGCAGUACUGUCCAGCAUGAAAGAGAAGAACAUCAAGAAAGCCCUAACACACAUUCUCAAAACCAACCAGAAUCUGGUACCUCCUGGAAAAAAGGUGCUUUAUUCUCCCUCCCUCUAUCUCUCCUGUAUCCUCUGUCCCCCCAGUAGCCUUAAUUGCUCAUGUUCUCUUUCAGCUGUCAGCAUUACAGGCCAAGGUCCACUAUCUGAAGUAUCUCAGUGACCUGAGACUGUACGGAGGACGGGUUUUUAAAUCUAUACUGCUGGUAAUUAACUACCUCUUCUUUUCUGAGCUCAAACUAUUUGAAUAACUACACACAAAAUAUCAGAAUAUCAUAUCUCAUUAACGAGUUCAUGGAGUCUGUGUAUUGUGUUUAAAUUGUUUCCCCUCUGCUCAAUGCUCACAGCAAGGAGAGAAGCACACAGAGGUAACCCUACUUGUGGGUCCCAGGUAUGGCAUCAGUCAUGUGAUCAACACCAAGACUAACCUGGUGGCGCUGCUGGCAGACUUCAGCCACGUCAACCGCAUCGAGAUGUACACAGAGGAUGAGAAGAACGUUAGGGUGGAGCUACAUGUUCUGGAUGUGAAGGUGAAAUCAAACAUAUCUUCAAAAUGGACUGAAUGUGAUAUUAAUGAUCAUGACGAUCAAUGCAAUGAGUUGACAUCUAACCUGAUUUAAAAAGCAAUAAUAGCAUUUUCAGCAAAACUAUUAUACAAGGAAAUGAAUGCUCAAUGAGCACAUUGUAUUCAUUUGUUUAAUGUGUUCAUUGUCGUCCUCUUAUCUCUCUAUUCUCCAGCCCAUUACUCUGCUAAUGGAGUCCACCGAUGCGAUGAAUCUGGCCUGUCUGACUGCUGGAUACUACAGACUACUGGUGGACUCUCGCCGUUCCAUCUUCAACAUGGCAAAAACAGGGAAUGCAGACACUGGUGAGUCUACACUCUAAACAGUUCAGUUGUUCUCAAAAGCCAACAUACUGUAAGUUGAUACAUUAUCAUCACUGAUAUUACAGAAACGUGAUUAUCAACCGCUGUUUGGUUCCUUCUCAGGCCUAGACUCCAGAGUAAAGCAGAACUAUCAGGCCAUAGAGUGGGCGUACAGCACCUCCUUUAGAGGGUGUGAGGAGCACCAGCACCACAACAACCAGCGCUGUACGUCCAGGGAGCCCUCCUCUAACAGAGACUCAGACUACAUGGACCAUGGGAGGAGUGAGAGUGACAUCUCCCCCGUCUAUAUCACUGAAAUCCAGCAACCGCCCCAGUACAGCAUGCACAUGGCAGAGAGGGUAGAUACCAGAGGGGGGACCAGAGGCCCAACACACCCGCAGCCCUACCUCUGUGUCCCCAGGCCCAAAGCCCAGGACUCCCCCCGCAGUGCCAAGGUCUCCUUCAUCUUCGGGGAUCCACCAUUAGACAGUGUGAACCCCCAGAACCUUGGCUACCAGAGGCUAAUGGACGAAGUCCCAGAGGUUCUACACGACCACAGCCCCAUGUAUGAGCGACUAGAGGAGGACUACAAGAGCAGGGAUCCCAUGGGGAUGGACGGGGAGGGCUAUCCAUACGCCGCCAAAAUCUUCGGGAACACCGAGUGCAUUGAGGAGCCGCUGCUGCACGACAUCUGCUACGCCGACACCACGGAUGCCGACGAGGACGAGGAUGACAUCAGCUGCGAGGAGGACAUGGGGCUGAUGGGGGAUCUGGACAAGGCCACGUUCCUCUCGCUCUCGGGGUCUAGUGAUGACAUCAUCGACCUGACCUCCCUGCCCCCGCCGCCAGAGGGUAAAGACGAGGAGGAUAACGAGGAUGUGUUGCUUCACUCCCUCAACCUGGCCAUCGCAGCCCCGCCCCCAGGCUUCAGGGACAGCUCUGAUGAGGACGAGCAGCACGGAGGGGCCCAUGGGCUUGUCAGGAAGGGCCAGGGGACCCAUGACGAUAUCCCUGUGUCCCUCAUAGACUCAGUCCCCACACAGGGGGAGGAGGGCCCAGAGGGGGAGGGGGCCCUGGACGAUGCUGUGGUGUCCACCUUACAGGCCCUGGAGGCCCUUGCGGCUUCAGAGGAGCAGAGCCCACACCCAGAGUCAGAAAAUAGCACAGGUUCUUCUUCUUACACUAUUGUAACGUUUAUUCAUUAACAACACGCAGAUGUUCCAGCCAUUAACUUUCAGAUUUGUUGUUGUUGAUUUUUCAAUAAAAAACCAUUUUGUUCUAUGUUUCCAUUUAGUGUGCGCAUUGUUUCAUUUAUUUUGAACAUAAAACAUUUCCUGUGUCUCAUUCAUUUUGGUUCCAGAGAUUUUUUGGUUGUUUUGUUGUUUUGUGGAUCAUCUUGUUUGUUUUAUCAUUUAUGAACAGUGGCACAAAUGCAUUUCAACUCACAGCUUCCAUACUUUUUGUACCAAUGAAUUGUGUGCUAUUUUAUAAUAUCUCUAAGGUGCCUCAGGUAAUGUGUUAAUAAAAUGUCUGUCUCUCUGUGGCACACAGGUGUAGAAAUAUCACGGGCAUUUAGCCCCGAGUCCUCAUCGGACUCUGGCAACGAGACUAACUCCUCAGAGAUGACGGAGAGUUCAGAGCUGGUCGCUGCCCAGAAACUCUCUGAAACCCAUCUGAGACUGUAUGUGGCCACCGCUGACGGCUACCACACUCUGACUGAGGAGAAAACAGAGUUUCCCAUAACACCGUGUGAAGGAAAGGCAGCCCUGGCCAUACAGCACAACCCUCAGGAGACCAGGGAGGGGGGGGAGGGGGAGGAGGGGGCCAAGUCCUCGGCUGUGUCCUCCACCCAGAUCCUCCACUCAGACGGGGGAGAGAUGGAGCCAGAGACCAUGGAGACCAAGUCCCUUACCAACUACUUCAACAAACUGCACAUGGGAUCUGUGAUGAGCAAGCAGCCAGGGAAGCAGAGUGACUCUGAGGGCAGGAUUCAGCGAGAUACCGAUGAAUCAACAGAAAAACGACACAGCUACAUCCAGAACUCAAAUAGAGGGGAUCCACCCAAAUAUAAUUCAGACCCACCCAAAUAUAAUGUUAUUCUAAGGGAAUCUCCAUACAUGAACCAAUUCGAAUUGGGGCGAACACCCUAUCCGUAUCGAGAGAAGCCCCCAAGAUAUCACCGGCCUCCUGAAAACAAAAUGGCGGACAAUCUCUCCCUAGACUGUGUGAGUGAUUCACAAGCCUCCCACUCUGACAGGGUAACAAUUAAGAGAGACAAGCAGGACUCGGAUGAGAGAAGCCAGCAGUUAGACGCUCAUCCCCGCUCCCCCGCCAAAGACCCCCACAGUACAGAGGAAGCUAAUUUACCCAGCAGCGACCCACAGCAGCAGCAGACGAGGGUCCCCUCGGCCGAGCAGGACGUCACACGGUUACACGAGUAUCACCUGAGUAAGCGCAUGUCAUUGUUACAGGGCAGCGAGGGCAUCCACACCCUCCAGAGCUCCCAAUGCUCCUCCAUAGACGCUGGCUGCAGUACAGGAAGCAGUAGCUGUGUCACUCCCAUGGACUCUCCCCUCUGCACUGGAGAAAACAUGCAUCUACUCUCAGAAUCUUCCCUCAAGGGGCUGGGCUAUAUUAGUGGGGAGGAGAAGGCCUAUGGCACCCAAGGCCAGGGGACACAGCAGGGCAAGGCUAGACAUCAGACCAUAGACCCCACCCUGCUGAGGAAGAUUCAUGCAGCCACCAGUGCCGAGCCAGGGUUUGGUACCAUACGAGGAGAUGGCUGCCACCGGAUGCCCAAGAUAAAAGAAACCACAGGUACAACUAAAUAGAGCAGUCUUUUCCUUUGAUGUCUGUAUGCUUAAAUGGUAAACACAAUUCCAGGAGCAUAGUGAGGCUGUUGAUAAAUUAUUCACUAGCUGGGGAUUAGGAUAUGCAUCAUGUUGACAGAGUAGUAUUAUCCAUUCAGACAGAAAGACAAUAACAAGCAUGUCACUAGCUAAGGACAUGCAUACAGUGCAUACAUGUGUAGAGGAUGUGAUUGGUAUAAGAAAUAUUGCUGUGUAAUGGUUAAUUAUGUAACACUUGCUGCAUGAAGAUUUGAUAAAAGUGCACACUUAUUCUAUUUUACCUCACUCUCUAUUGUGAAAGGACAAUUAGAGCAACGUUUUACUAAAAAGUCCUCUAAUGAAAACAGGAAAGUGUUAGAUAUAAAAGCAACAGACCAUGUUGUCAGGGAGAUGCUUAACGAUUCUAUUUGUUUUUCUGCUCCCCCUAGUGUAGCUUGCACCCAGCUCGAGAUGGCUGCAGGGGAAGACUCCUCCUCUGCUCUCUCCAACGAGGUCAACGCCACCGCCACCACCACCUCACCACCAUCAUUAACCAGUAGCAGCAGCACAGAGUCCAGUGUGCCCAGUGCAACAAAGCAGCAGGGGUGCCACUGCACUGAGCCCAUCCCACGCCGCGCCCAGGCUUUUCCUUCAAGCUUACAUCCAUGCGACCCUAUCACAGGCAGCCUCAGGAAGCCACCGCAGCGAAGGGGUCGGAUGCUGAGGAGGAGCUGGAGCAGCAUCACGCCGGGCUCCGGGAGCCUCGAAGCGCUUCUCGAGAAAACCAAAGCCACGCUGAGUGGGAGGAGUGCCCAGAGAGUCCAGUCACCCGAUGACCCCUCCAAGCCACAGAGGAGAUUUGCUUUUUCCAAGACACUUUCCAAAAGCUUGUCUUUGUCCCAGGGAUCAGUAUGGUCUGUUAGAUCAGUUAGCUCUCAGUCUUCUGGCAGGAGGCUUUUCAGAGGCACCUCUAUCAUGCUGCCAGCGUCAUGGGAUGCCAAGCAGCUCCGAGCAUUGCCACUACCCAGACUGGACAGCAGCACCUGGAGGAGGUGCCACGGGCCCUUCACACACUGCUUCCCCAAGUGGAAGACCAACACUGAUGAUGACGAUGAAGUUGGAGGUGGAGCUGGAGAAAACCCCACCUCCCAGCCGUUUUCUGAGGGUCAGAAGGCACAGUCACUCCCUACCAGCCCCAGUGUUGAGGCAGAGAACACAAUCUUUCUGUACCUCUCUGGAACUGAACCCUCCGCUGUGGCUGAACAGCUCAACAUGGCCAGUGGUGUGACUAUGAGUGGCAUGAGUCUGGGAGCGAAGCUGAGCCGUGUGAACUCACUGAAGGGGAAGACCUACACCCUCCCUCAGGGGUUCUCAGAUGCACAGAGAGAUUCCCUGGAUAUGAUGGGCCUGGUGCGCUCCGGUGUAGGCCAGGGAGGGGGCCAGAGGUCAGAGGUCAAUGAGUCCAACCUGUGGAGGUUCAGUCAGCUGCUCUCCAUGGAGGCCCUAGAGCUGGGCAGCGCCUGCAGUCACAUGGCCCUGGUGCAAGGCAGCCCCCAGGAAACCCUGCUCACCCUGACUCACAGUUUCCACACGGUAUGCUGCUUAACACAGGCAUGCAUGUCACUGGUGGAGGGCUUGAGCCCUGAGAGCCGGCAGCGCGAGGUGGUGGCCAAGGUGGACGAGGUCGUCAUGAACUAUGUGUGUCUGCUCCAGGCUGCUGAAACAGCUUCAGGCAGUUCCCCCGAUGACCAAAGUGUGAAUGCAUUGACACGUCACUCCACCAUCAUGUGUGCUAUCGUCAACAGACUGAGUCGCUCACUCACAACACUCUACAAGUAA